CACCCUCCCAAUAAAUGUUUUGCAGACUCUUUUCUUAAUCACCCCACUAGCCAUCACAUUCAUUUAUUAUAUAUAUAAUAUCACCACGCACUCCACUCCACUUUCUCAUAUAACACAAACUAUAUCACAACGUUGGUACUCCAAAAAUGAAAAUCACCAUCGCCACCUUCGUCUUUCUGGUCCUCUUGUUUGUAUCUUCCUUCGGUCUGGCGGCCCGACCCGCUUCUGAUCGCUUCAAGGGGAGCAGCAACAAAGGAGGAGGAGGGGAUAGCUAUGGCGGAGUGGGCGGGUUCUUUGGGCCCGGGUCCGGGUUUAUUCCUGGAUUUGGGAAAGGGUUCGGGGAUGGGACCGUGGGAGGAGGAUAUGGGGCGGGUUAUGGAGGUCCGAAUGGAGGCUACUCCAAAGGUGGCGUCAUAAGACCGAGCGUAGUGUGCAAAGAGAAAGGCCCUUGUUACCAGAAGAAGGUCACGUGCCCGGCCAAGUGCUUCUCCUCCUUCAGUCACUCCGGUAAGGGAUACGGCUCCGGCGGCGGCGGCGGCGGCUGCACCAUCGAUUGCAAGAAGAAAUGCACCGCUUCUUGUUGAAGGAUAGGCCUCGCUAGCUAGGCCGGCUCGCUUAUAUGUGGCAAUAUCGUAGUAAGUUACAUGCCUUACAUGCCUUAUCAGUACUCGAUUAGGCUACUUUAUCUAUCCUUCUCCUUCUCUCUCCCUCUCUUUAUAUAAUAUAUAUAUAUAUAUAUAUAUAUAUAUUUAUAGGUUGGCUUGUUUUGGGGUUUUGCUUUUGAUUAUCUAUGUAGGAAGAUGAGAGCUUAUGUGUGGUGACAGAGAGGGUUUGUGGACUCAUUUGUGCCUAUGAUAAAUUAUAUUAAAGGAGUAACUUUAUGUUAUUUAUUAA